AUGCUUGUUUCAGUGCCAAUGACUCAACUCGUCGCUAUUGCUGGGGAGCCGGUCUACUUACCAUGCGACAUAGCCACUCAAGAUGAAGACGAUGCCGUUCUUUUGGUGCUUUGGUACAGAGAAGAUCUUGGAACGCCUAUUUAUAGUGUGGAUGCCCGAGAACGAGACUUUGGUGUUGCGGAGCGAUGGUCAGACGAAAGCGUUUUUGCUUCAAGAGCGUAUUUCCUGCCAGAGAGAAGACCAGCUGAAUUAGGAGUUGAUCGUGUUCGAGCCUCCGAUCAAGGAAUAUAUCGAUGUAGAGUUGAUUUCAAGCAAGCUCAAACAAGAAACUCGAGGGUGAAUUUGACAGUCAUAGUGCCUCCCAACAAGAUGGUGAUAACGGAUGAUAAGGGAGACGUGAAACAAGCCAUUGUCGGUCCUUAUGUUGAAGGUGACACAUUUACAUUGAAAUGCGAUGUGUCUGGAGGUCGACCAAGGCCGUGGGUGAAAUGGUAUCGCGAUGAAGUAGAAGUAGACACACCGGCGACAGCACUUCAAGGGAAUGCUGUACGUGGAGUCAUCCACGUGGGGCCUCUGACGAGAGCUGAUGUUCGCGCCGCACUAACGUGUAGAGCGUCUAACCAUUUGAGAGCGCACCCCAUUGAAACAACCCUUACUUUGGAUAUGAACUUUCCCCCAUUAACAGUUCACAUCCUUGGUUCAAAUCAGCCAUUAUCAGCGAGUAGAAGGUAUGAUCUUCUCUGUCAGAGUUCCGGGUCGAGGCCGCCGGCCUCAAUCACUUGGUGGAAGAAUGGUCACCGGAUAAAUAAUGCUAAAGAAACGCUCUCCUCUGAUGGAAAUACUACAACUUCUACAGUAUCUCUACAACUGACUAAAGCUGACGCUGGGGCGAAGUUGGCGUGUCGGGCUUCCAAUCCUCAGAUGCCUUCUGUCGCUGCCUUAGAAGACGACUGGUUAUUAGAUAUACAAUAUGUUCCUGAAACAACAGUCAGAUUAGGAACAAAUUUAGAUCCAAAGAAUAUAAGAGAAGGUACUGAUGUUUACUUUGACUGCAUUAUCAAAGCACAUCCUUACGUCUAUAAAGUAGAAUGGAGACACAACCGCAAAACAUUAGUGCACAAUGUUGGACAAGGUAUAAUUAUUACAAAUCAGUCACUAGUUUUACAAGGAGUUGGAAGAAAAACAGCUGGUAAUUACACUUGUGUUGGAUUUAAUGCUGAAGGAGAUGGAGAGAGCAAGCCAUUUUCGUUAAACGUUUUAUAUGCACCAACAUGCCGAAGCUCUCAGCAAAGGGUGCAUGGAGUGGCAAAACAGGAACGAGCGCAUAUCACGUGUCAUGUAGAUGCUAAUCCAGCGGAUGUUAGUUUCCGAUGGACAUUCAACAAUACGGCCAAUAGUAACGAGGUUAGCGACAGUUACGUGUCGAGGUCAGGCACAAGUUCCACUGUUACGUACACGCCCCACACUGAAAUGGACUACGGAACGCUAUUGUGUUGGGCACAUAAUCGAAUUGGGAAACAACGCGUGCCUUGCGUAUACCAUAUAAUAGCAGCCGGUCGACCAGACCAAGUACAUAAUUGCACGGUAGUGAAUGCAUCUUUAACGUCAUUUGGGAUUCGAUGUGCAGAAGGAUUCAACGGUGGGUUACCGCAGUCAUUCCUUCUAGAAGUUCGUGAUAUAAUUUCCCAGGAAAUUGUAGCAAACGUCUCGAGUGCCGUACCACGUUUCACUGCCGUUGGGUUAGAACCAGGAAAGACUUAUGCUUCUGCGGUCUUAGCAUAUAACGCGAAAGGGCGCGGCGAUCCAUAUCCCCUUAGAGCUAGCACACUAAGACCACCGGAAAAACAUCAUGUACAUGAUAAGAGCCUGGAUUUACCGAGAACCGCAUUUCAAAUAUCGGGGGCCAUGUCGGCAGCAGUUGGUGGAGGAGGAGUUCUCAUGGUUGUCCUAGUCCUUUUUAUGGUAGCUGUACGGCAAAGGUGUGCAAAAAGGAAACCACGAUCAGCACCGCCUCCGUCGUCUCAACCAGCAUCACCAGACAAAUUAAGAGAGAAAGAUGAUAGUGAAAGUGAUGACAGAAAUCCCGACAUAAUUCCAUCAGACACAGAUCAUAUGCAGUUGGACUACUUCCGUCAGCAACAAGUAUCGACAAUCUCACCGCCUCCAGGGAACAGGGCACCAAGGGGAAGCGUAGCUGGGGUACGUGGGAGUAUACCCGGCUAUUGUCCACUUCGCACUAUACCACCUUCAACGCAUCCUCAAGCGAUGCACGAUAAUUCGACUGCUUCAUCGAGCAUACCACCACCAGCGCGCUUCGCUAGCGGUGCGUGCACGCUUCCACGAGGAGCGGGAGCGUGUGCUUCAAGCGGAGCGGGUAUCCCUCUACAGCACUUGCGUACACUUCCACGUCCCUUACCCGCCCCCGCGCCCGCACCGCGUCACACCCCCCGCGACACACCGCUCUGA